AUGAGCUACGUGGCAGAGAGGGGCGCUCUUCUUUCUACAGAGAAGGAUUAUAAUCAUGCCACUGAUAAAGAGUACCAAAGAUUAAGAGGUUUAGCUGACCAGGCAUACAAGGAAAGACAGAAAUUAUCACAACAAUCACAAAGCAGUUUUAAGACCGGUGAUAAGUCAAAGGCUCACGAAUUAAGUGAAGCAGCCAAAAAGAAGCUGAAAGAAGCUGAAGACUACAAUUUACAGGCGGCUGAAUACGUCUUUGUUGCCAAUAACGCUGACAGUUCUUCCAAUGAAAUUGAUUUACAUGGGUUGUAUGUAAAGGAAGCAAAAUGGAUUCUUCAACGAAGGGUAGCGGCAGCGGUCAAGAAUGGGGAAAGUGAAUUGCAAGUUAUCGUUGGAAAAGGAUUGCACUCCUCCAAUGGGGUAGCUAAAUUGAAGCCUGCCAUUCAAGAACUUUGUGACGAAGCUAAUUUGAAUGACCACGUUGACUCCAAAAAUACUGGUGUCGUUAUUAUUGACUUGACAGGUGCAAGAAUCCCAGUUUCUUGGGAUACUACUGAUUUUUCCACGUACUCUCAAUCCCAAGCCAACAAACCUAGUAAACCGCAGCAGGCUUACCAAGGCCAACAACAACCACAAUACCAGCCAUACGCGCAACAGCAACAGCAUCAGCAGCAACAAUCAUCCGGAAGCUCUUCUUUGGUCGACCAAUUGUUGCGUAUGCUCUGCCAGUGUGUCAAGAACAACAUGUAG